UAAACGGAACGUCAGAAGACCCCAAGAAGGAGCAGCCAAAUUCAAAAAUUCAAAACAAACCUGAGAUUGUUGUUUUAACUUCAAGUGUUUCUUCUGAUCUGAGCUGGCUGGCUGUUACAGACGCAAACUAACUCCUCAUUCUGAACAACUAGGUGAUAUAAUGGACGCAGAAGAAAAGCACGACUCCGGUUUAAACGAUAAAUCCUUGGAUUUAGCUCCUAAACCGCCGACUAUCGAGGAUUUCACUGUGUUGAAGCCGAUCAGUCGAGGAGCUUUUGGGAAGGUUUACCUCGCUAGGAAGAAGUGUAAUGCGAGAUUAUAUGCCAUUAAGAUGAUGAAGAAAGCAGACAUGGUGGUUAAGAACAUGACAGGCCAGAUGAAGGCAGAGAGAGAUGCACUGGCUUUGAGCAAAAGCCCCUUCGUGGUUCACCUGUUUUACUCCCUUCAGACAGCCACCAAGAUCUUCCUGGUAAUGGAAUACCUCAUUGGUGGAGAUGUCAAAUCUCUGCUUCACAUCUUUGGCUAUUUCGACCAGGAUAUGUCUGUAAAAUACAUUUCAGAGGUUGCAUUGGCUUUGGACUACCUCCACCGUCAUGGUAUAAUCCACAGGGACUUGAAGCCAGACAACAUGCUUAUAUCCAACGAAGGACACAUCAAACUGACAGACUUCGGCCUUUCUAAAGUCAAGCUUGACAGAGAGCUGAGUCUUAUGGAUAUCCUCACUACUCCAUCUUUGGCUAAACCGAGGAAAGAUUACUUCCGCACCCCGGGUCAAGUCCUCUCUUUAAUCAGCACCAUCGGAUUUAAUUCACCGGCCGCAGGAGAAGUCAAGCGCCACUGCAGCACAUCUGCUGUGUCCAGUCCCAUGUCCUGUGGCAAAAUAAAACAGAAGAACAGCUCUCUUGGUUCUCCCUUGAUGAAGAAAAAAGAUCAGCUGUACUCUCCGGUUUCUUGGAAAAUGGGACCCAACACUAUUGCAUUCAGCCCUCAUAACCUGGCUAAAAACCUGACCCCCUCACUGAUGAAGACCAGGAAGAGGUUUGAGACGAUGAGUGCCGGCAGCACCACCGACACUGAAGGUGCCAUCAGUCCAAUGUGGGAGUGUGAGGAGAAAGAAAAUGAACACACUAAUGAACAGAAGGGGAGAGGGCAUACUGAGUCCAAAGGGCCUGAACAGGACUCAAAACUGGCCACCUUGGGCUUCUCCGCCAAGGUCACCAGCGAUCCAGACCAUCUUGUAGAAAAGAGGCCUCACACCAACAACCUAGAGUCUGUUCCCAAAACUCCGAAUGAUGUUUGUCUGUCAGCCUCGUCUGUAAAGAGAACAUUUUCUGACGUUGAGAGAAGCCCCGAACCGCUGGAGAACCAAGCCAAGAAGAGCAAUGCCGCCUAUAAGAGAUACUACGAGAUUCCAGAAGAGACCGCGAGGUUUCACACCGGCCUGACUGGAACAUUUUCCAGCAUCAAAAUAAGGGAGUUCAUGACCUCCGCUGAGGGGUUAGCUGAAGACCGGAUCCCAAAGCGCUCCAGUCCCAUAGCUGUGACCAAAAGUCUGUUUAGUGAACUGGAGGAGCCGACGGAGGACGUGUUUGAAGACGGAGCCACGGACCUGUCACAUUCAAGUUUCACGUCACCGCUUGCCGGUGACGGCGACGUUUGCAGGAGCUUGAGCCUCGACUCUGACGGGUCUAUGCAUGAAACGUCUCUCACUAUUGACAGCCGUGCGUCUCUCAACCCGAGCACAUGUUCCAAAAUCAGGAAUCCAGCAUCAUCUGAGGAGCAAGAGGAAAAUAAAGACUCAUCUAUCACUGAAUCGCUCCCACAAACUCCAUCUGCUGUUACUGAUAAUGAAACACCCAAAUUUGGUAACUUUGUCCGGAGAGGAUCUCAGUGUUCCUUUCUCAACCGACUCCCUGAUCCGGCCUGCGGCGUUGCACAGUCCCCCUCAUUCCUCAAGCCAAAAAAUAUUGUAGCUUUCCGUAGCUACUGUAGCUCCAUUAACCGCUCCAACAUGUCGGGAGUGUCUGCGGUGUCACGGUUUAGCGUCGGCUCUGUCGAGUCGAUGGACGUGUCCACAACAGCUCCUCAUUACUCUGCGUCUGGCACCGUGACACCGGUGCAGAAAAGACCCAGCUCCAACAGCUCACUCUGUCAGACUCCUCAGCCCAUGUCGACCUCUCACACCCCUUUCAGGACCCCAAAGAGUGUCAGAAGAGGUGCUCUGCCUGUCGAGGGUGUACCCAUUUUAGGAACUCCUGACUAUUUGGCUCCAGAGCUUCUCUUGGGAAAACCACACGACUGCAUGGUGGAUUGGUGGGCGCUAGGUGUGUGCCUUUUCGAGUUCCUCACAGGCGUGCCACCUUUCAACGACGAGACGCCUCCGCUCGUCUUCCAGAAUAUUCUCAGCAGAGAUAUCCCCUGGCCUGAGGAGGAGGAGGAACUGUCUGUAAACUCAAGAACUGCGAUUGAAAUCCUCCUGACCAUGGACAUGACGAAACGAGCUGGUCUAAAGGAGCUCAGGUGUCACCCCCUGUUUGAGGGCUUGGACUGGGACAACCUGCAGAACCAGGCGAUGCCUUUCAUUCCUCAGCCAGAGGACGAAACCGACACCUCGUACUUUGAUGCAAGAAACAACGCUCAGCACAUCACCGUGUCCGGCUUCAGUCUGUAGAGUUGCAAACGUUAACAGCUGAGUUUUAUUUAAAGCUACAGUCAUGAUGAAGCUCUUGCUUUCAUUGUGGAAAAACUAAAAAAUUCAGAUCCAUUAUACAAAUAAAUACACGGUAAUGACGUGGAUUCUGAUUAUUUCUCUGUUCAACGUUAUAAUAUUUUUAAAAAACAUUUUACUUAUGUGCAAUCACCGGUCAGAAAGAAGCUGAAUCCAUUGAGUGUUCAGUUAGAUACGAGUAUACACUGAAAGUAAACUUCUUUUAAAACUAAGUGUUACUGUAUUACUAGUUAUGUCUCUUAAAUUAGGCUCUUAUACUAGUAAAGUAGUAUUUGCUGCUGCUUUAUCUUUAUAAUAGGCGUUGAUAUCUGUUGUUAUAUUGAUUUAAAUACAAGAUAACUAUGUAGAUGUGGCACUUAUUGCCUGGUGUUAAGUUUCGCUGCACUGUUCAUUGUGAUGUUCCCCUGCUGUUAGCAGACUGGGUGGGCGGGCCCCAUGAAUUUCUCUUUAAGGGUACAAUACUGCUGAAGAAAAACAUGCUAAUAUAUUCAUCAAUAAUGUAUUUUAUAUGUAAAUCUUGUUAAUAACAUUCAGUGUCAUUGUUUUAAGACCAGAGUGGAGUACUUUUGUGUUUGUAACAGAACUGUUUUUGCUGCUUUUAUGUCACACAGUGUUUGUAAUUUUUUGACGUGAUCUCCUGUCCAUUUUCCCACACUACUAGUUUUUUAGAUAAGUUCAGGCUUCGAGGCUCCCGGGCUGCUUGUGAAAUUUUAUCUUGAGAAAAAAGUAAAAUACAAAUAAAAAUCUUGUUUGUAA